ACAUUUUCUAACAUUGACUCGAAACGGGAAAAUGGUGAUGUUUAAGCGAAUGAAAACAAUUUAAUAUUCAAAGUAAACGAAGGAAGAGAAAACAGAAAUGCUUUAAUGGACUGUUUCAUGGUUCAUUUAGAUUUCGAAGAAAAUAUCGAAGUAUAAUUGAUUUAGACUCAACGUUCAAAUAUGUCGGACGAAGCGGCGAGGGAAGAUGCCUGUCGAGAGUAUCAGUCAUCUUUGGAAGAUCUGACUUUCAACAGCAAACCGCACAUCAACAUGCUUACCAUUCUAGCAGAGGAGAACCUCCACUUCGCCAAGGAUAUCGUCGCAAUUAUUGAAGCACAAAUUAUCAAGGCACCUCCUGCUGAGAAGCUUCCAGUUUUGUACUUAGUGGAUUCCAUAGUGAAGAAUGUUGGAGGAGAGUACCUUGAUGUGUUUGCUAAAAACCUAGUCACUUCAUUUAUAUGUGUUUUUGAAAAGGUGGAUGAGAACACUAGAAAAAGUCUGUUCAAAUUACGAUCCACCUGGGAUGAUAUUUUUCCAUUGAAGAAGCUGUAUUCAUUAGACGUUCGAGUGAACUCCUUAGACCCUGCUUGGCCAAUUAAACCUUUGCCACCAAAUGUGAAUGCCAGUAUACAUGUCAAUCCAAAAUUUUUGAAACAGACUGAAGAAGUAACUCCGCCCAGAUCCAGUGCACCACAACCUCAAGCUCUGCCUUCUGUGAGUGAGAGAAAUAUGACUCAAGAACAAAUCAUUAGGCAGCAGCUGCUGGCAAAGCAGAAGCAGUUACUAGAACUUCAGCAGAAGAAGAUAGAACUUGAGCUUGAACAAACUAAAGCCCAACUGGCUGCAAAUCCACUGGUUGCAACAAAUCCUCCAUCUGUCACUGCUGCGGUCCACUUUGAGAUGCAUGCAGGCAACCAGUCAGGUCCUACACCACCCACUAAAUCCUGGCCUCCACAACAGUCAGACAAGCCUCCGACUAGAGAUCCCAGACUGAACAGAAUGGGAUCCGCAGUAUCCCAUGCAAAGGAGACAGUGCUGGCUGUGAAGGAAACCCAAUAUACAGCAGGGGCAAUGGCCAUGCUGGACAAAAGAGUGCAGCCAUCUGUAGACAGGCAAAAUAAGCUGAGGAUACCCAAAAAGGAGAGUGUGUCUGAGGAGAAACCAAAAUCAAAGUCAGCUUCUCUGUUGAACAGAAGCACCUCUGGUAAGAGUAGAGCCUCAGAACCCGAAAACAUAAAAGCACCUGAGGUGAACAAAAAGGACCCGAGAUUGCGGAAGCAGAUUCAUGAGAAGACAGAUUCAAAAGAUGAAGAAAUCAAAGAGAAGAAAAGAGGCUCAGAUAAAAAAGAGAGAGAUGAUCAGGUCAAAAGCUCUGAGCAGCAAAAGUCCACUAAUAUCAGAGGCAAGCUUGCAAAUGGCUCUGUGAAUAUGCAUGAAGAUACAAAAGUGAAUAAGAAUAAUUUAAGAAAAAGAUCUCGAUCGCGUUCUCGCUCGCCAUCUUUGCACUCUCCCAAAAGAAAAGACAGGCGGUCCCCAAAGGGCCGAACAAGGAGUAUUUCACCCACUUCCAAAUCUGGGAAAGGAAGGCAGAUCAGCAGUAAACAUUCACAUACAGAAGAUCCUGUGCAGCAUGUAAUUGUUAGAGAAGAAAGAAGUACUCCAAAGAAGAAUACUGCUGAGCCAAGGCGACCCAAACGAUCACUAGAGGACCGGACUCCUGAGCCAAGAGAUGGACUGAGACCGUCUUCUGUAGAAUCUAAAGAGUCAAAAGAUGUCAAAAGAUGGAGAAGUGGCUGGGAGGAAAUCAAACAUCCAAAGCAGCUGGAACCAGAGCCUUCACAUGGCAAAUUAGGCCCUCAGAGACACAAAGCAUGGGCCAGUGGUCAGAGACCUGCUACACCCCGCAUGCUGAAGCAACCUCGCUUAAGUGUUGAUGCCAACCUACAAAUACCAGAUGUGUUGAAUUCAGCCAGUAAAAGAGAUCUUCUAAAACGGGCAAGUAAAAGACAUGAAGAUGGAGAAAUAUCCCAUGAAGACUUCCUUAAUGUUGCCCAUCAAAUCAGGCAACUCUUCCAGUACCAAGAGGAAAAACAGCGAUCUGAUUCACUAGACGGGUCAAGUGACGAUGGAAGUCUUACGGUGAAAAAGAAAACAACCCCACAACAUGGAAAGAUGUCUGAUGCUGAGCUGUCCUACCUUGAGCACAAAUCUAAGUUGAAGAGAACCCAGUUGCAGCGUCCAGUUUUAAAAGGCCGUCAGUCGCCCUCAAGUGAGAAAGUUGCUCAGCAGAGAACGGAGCAUGAAGAGGGGGAGCCAUCCCAGGGAGCUGCAGAUGUACAGAACAGAUGUGGGAGGGUAACUGACGGGUUGAAUCCCAGCGAUACUCUAAAACCGUUCUCAGGGCAUGAAGCACCUAGAAAAAAUGACAGACCACCACAUUUCAGAAAUUCACCAAGCCCAGUUCACCCAGAGGGGCGCUUUACAAAAUCUCCAACAGCAACAUUUGAUCGGCCAUCAUCACCAGCAGACAUGGAUUUGGGCCUUCAUCCUGAUGGAGAUAUUAGCCCAAAGUUUGAAAGUCCCAACAGUGAACAUUCUGAUAUGGGACUGGACAAUGAUGUUUCAGUACCUUUAGAGCCACCUGCUAGGUAUGAUAUGUUCUCAGGACCGGAUAGAGGUUCACUAGUUAGUCGCAUGCCUUGUGAUUCUCCUGGAAAGACACCACCGCAACCAUCAGAGGGACCCAUUACCCAACCUAACAUGGCUGGGUAUGACGAUCCUAACAUUUCACAGCGUUUUGAGGGACAUAAAAGCUCCCAGCCAUUAUUUGAAGAGCCAUCUGCCCUUGUCGGACAGCUGAGACCAGACAGACCUCAUCUUCAAAGUAGAUACGAGGGAAAUACUGGUCCAGGACGAUAUGAUGGAUCAGCUGGCAUGCAUGGACAUAGCAGAUAUGAUGCAGCCCAUGGACCAAGCAGGUUUGAACGACCUCCACUAUUGAAAGGUCCUGAGAGAUUUGUCAGACCUGAUAGAUAUGAUGAUUCACCUAUGCCACGUGGACCUAUGCGCUACAGUGGCCCUCGUGGAAUGGGAAGGUUUGGCGGACCACAUUCGCAGCAAGGAUCAGGAAGAUAUGAUCCAUCUUUGGGCCAUCAGGGUUCAGGAAGGUUUGAUGGCCAGGGCUCGGCCCAUUUUGAUGGUCCAGUACAGCCUCAUAGAUAUGAUGUCCCCACGAGGUUUGAUAAUCCCCAUGUGCCACAAGGCCCUCCUGGAGGGUACGAUGUUCCCAUGAGGUUUUCCUCCGGACCAAUCAACUAUGAAGGGCCUCACGGACAAGGGCCCGUUAGGUUUGAUAGUCCAAGUAGUCAGGUCGACAGUAUGCGCUUUGAAAGCCCAGGGCAGCCUAUACAGCCUUCCAUGCGAUAUGGCAGACAGGUUCCAGGCAUGUCAAGAUAUGACUGUGCAGUCCAGCCAGGUCCUCCAAGAUAUGGCCCACCAAACAUGCAGAACCCAAUGAGACCUCAAGUUCAAGGCAUGUAUGAUCCACUUCCGGGUCAAGGUCCCUUGACAAACCCUACUGGACCAGUGCAGUCUAAUUUCAACAUGCCUAAUAGAUUUCCAGAUACUGUGAAUUCAUUUGGUGGCCCACCACAACAAUUUCAUGGACAACAAAGUGUCUCACAAGCAUCAAACUUUAACAUGCCAGCAUCAGGAUUCCCAAACUCCUACAGAUCUGUUGGACCAUUCCCAGGGGCCCCAAUGGGAAACAUGACACAGCCUGUCAAUGUAAUAUCUUCUCAUGGCCAAGCCUUUGUUCCACAGAACCCAGUGUCUUUUACCCAGCCUGCAGCUUCACAGUUUGCACAGCCUGAGAGUCAUCUGGGCCAAAUGGAUGUGAACGAUCUAUUAUCAAAGCUUAUUUCCACUGGAAUAAUCAAACUACCACACACAGACUUGGCCACAGCCGAGUCUACCUCAGCCCUGCAGUCUCAGACAACAGCUGAUGAAGAAGACGAAGAGGAACAAGAUGAUGAGGAAAAUGUUCCAGAUUUGACUGGAUUUGUCAUAGAUGACAUGAAACAGAGAUACGACAAUGUUGUUACCAAACUGUACACUGGAAUCCAAUGUUAUUCCUGCGGAAUGCGAUUCACUGCCUCUCAGACUGAUGUCUAUGCAGAUCAUCUGGACUGGCAUUACAGGCAGAACCGCUCAGAGAAGGACAUAAGUAAGAAAGUGACACAUCGCCGCUGGUACUACAGCCUGACGGACUGGAUUGAAUUUGAAGAAAUCGCUGAUCUUGAGGAGAGGGCAAAAAGCCAGUUCUUUGAGAAAGUCCAUGAGGAGGUGGUGCAGAAAACUCAGGAAGCUGCAAAAGAGAAAGAGUUUCAGAGUGUCAGAGCGGCCCCAGAUGUUGUUGACGAGUCCUGUGAGAUCUGUCAGGAGCAGUUUGAAACAUACUGGGAGGAGGAAGAGGAGGAGUGGCAUCUGAAAAAUGCCAUCCGAGUUGACGGAAAAACAUAUCAUCCUUCGUGUUAUGAAGAUUACAAAAAUACAUCCUCAUUUGUGGAUUGCACACCGUCACCUAAUAAGAUGCUCACAGAGAACCCAUUAAAUGUGUUCUUAAAACAAGAGCCAGGAGAAGAGAACUCACUCUCCAGUAUUAAAGAGGAACCGGCUACGGAGAGCACAGAGAGUGUUCCAGUGAAAGAGGAGGUUCAGGUCAAGCUGGAAGAAGACUCACAAUCCAGUGCAAUUAUUUUUUAACCAGUGCUGCUUUCUCCCCUCCUUUUUGUAAUUAAGUGUAAGUGUCUUUUGUUUUUGUAAAGAAGAGAUAUUUUUAUAUUUGAGAAGUCUGAGGCAGGGCCCUUGGAUAUGCAUUCUUUAAAUACAUUUUUGUAUUUGUGGUUGCCUGCAAAUUUCAGGUGUUUUUGCUGUGUGAAUGCCCAUUGAAAAUGUACUUUUGGGAAAAUAUAUGUAUGCAAUUUAAUUUAUAAAUAAAGAUAUUUUUGCAAUUCUUUGUGUAAUACUGACAAAGGAUAAACUAAAGGUUUACUUAAAAAAAAAAAAAAAAACCUACAUCAUUUUUUUUUCCUUCUCUUGGGCAUAUUUGUGUAAAUUUCAAGUGGAGAAGCAAAAAAGUGGUUGAUACAUAAUUUAUGGACUGCAUUAUAUUUUCAUCAAGUAAUCUCCCUGAAUAGUUGGCAGUUACUUUAAUUCAGUGAUUUAAUUUAUAGUUGGUAACAGUCAUUAAAGGUAAGAAAUGAAUUUCCUCAACGUGUAUAUAAGUGUCAAAGGCUUUUACUAAUGAAUUUUUUGGUUAACUGUUCAGUUUGCAUUAAAUAAAAUUCAGGGUUUCUUUUUUUUCGAAUUUGAAAAGAUCAUUUUGCUUGACAGACUAAAUAUUCAAUAAAAUACAUCUGGGGAAAACGUA